UCCAUUCCCAUUAGCUUCAGUUCUGUUUAUCGCACUGUUACCCUAAAAUCAAUGGUGGUAAAUCCGGUAUAACAGUCGCAUGUUCCAAGUGCAUAUGCGUGAUAUUGACGCAGUUGUAGAUUUUCGGAAAAUUGACGCAAUUAUAGAUUCACAACAGUGUUUGGAUGAUAAAGUCCCAAACUUGAUUUUUCCCCCCCUCUCAUAAAGAUAUACUCCUCCUUUUUAAUUCACCAACCAAAAAAUCUAUUCUUAGUUCAACUUUUCUGUUAAGAAUUUCGAUCAAAAAGGUCUCACUGAUCGGCUCGAAGAAUUUGAGUGCGAAGCAAAGUUUAUCAACGGCUUAAAUGGCCACUGUUGAAGGGAAAGGGAAAGGGAAAGGGAAAGGGAAAGUUCAGGUGUUUGAUUCCGAGGAAGUGGUGGCGAUCCAUCUGGCCAAAUACAUUGCCGACCUAUCGGAUAAAUAUGUCAAAGAGAAAGGUUCUUUCACCGUCGUUCUCUCUGGAGGUACCCUCAUCGACUCGCUCAGGAAAUUACUGGAACCUCCGUACAUUGAAUCGGUGGAUUGGUCUAAAUGGUAUAUCUUUUGGCUGGAUGAGAGAGUAGUUCCUAAGGAUCACAUUGAUAGCAAUUAUAAGCUCGCUUGUGACGGUUUCCUAUCCAAGGUACCGAUUCCUCCCGGUAAUGUUAUCGCCAUCAAUGAUACACUCUCAACAGAGGGUGCAGCUGAUGAUUACGAGUCUUGUCUCAAAAGUUUGGUUGACAGCAAGAUCCUAAAUUUAUCAGAUGCUAGUGGGUUUCCUAAAUUGGAUCUCAUGCUAUUGGGUAUGGGUCCAGAUGGACAUGUGGCUUCUCUAUUUCCCGGGCAUCCUCUUGUUCACGAGAAGAAGAGAUGGGUUACUUUCAUUAAGGACUCGCCAAAACCACCUCCACAGAGGAUUACUUUCACCUUUCCGCUAAUCAACUCGUCUUCAGAUAUUGCACUUGUGUUAACUGGGGCUGAUUUAGCCAAUGCGGUGCAUGUUGCACUGGGAGAUGAUCAAACUUCUGAUUUGCUGCCUGUUCAGAUGGUUUCACCUGAAGGUGAGCUGACAUGGUUUUUGGACAAAGGCGCAGCAUCAAAGCUGUAGGGUUGGGCAUAUUUAUGGCUAUGUGAGUUUAUCCAUAUGACCAAUUAGCAUAUAACUGUGGUUUGAUCAGAGAUCAUAUAGAUGUUACAUCAUAUAGAUGUAACAAAGGAUCUUGUAAACUUAUUUUAAGUACUAAUAAGCAUGUUCAUCUUCCAUGCUGGCAGUGGAGGAGGAUUUAUAUACUAUACAAUCUGAUAUGUUAUGUAUUCGUAAUAUUUUUGUUUGAACGUUUUGCUCA